GUAGGGGACCCCACAGGCUCAACUCUGAGUUGUAGCCCCCCCUUAACAAUAGUUUGGUCACCUACAUAAGAAAUAGCAUUUCUCUACAAGCUCCGUUGUGAAUGCAGUACAGUAUUAGCUGCCAUUAACAGAAAAGAUGGUGGUGUAUAGUGCUAAAAACUAAAUGUUUGACAGUACACGCUACGUGAGGUGCGACAGUUAUCCAGCCAGGUGGAGGAGCAGGUACAGUAGCUAUGUGGGUGUUCGGUUAUGGCUCUCUGAUCUGGAAGGUGGAUUUUCCCUAUGAGGAGAAGCGGAUCGGAUACAUUAUAGGCUUCAGCCGGCGCUUCUGGCAAGGCAGCACCGACCACAGGGGAGUGCCAGGCAAGCCUGGCCGAGUCGUGACUCUGGUGGAGGACCCAGAGGGUUGUGUCUGGGGCGUGGCAUAUAAGCUGCCGUCUGGCCGAGAGCAGGAAGUGAAGUGUUACCUUGACUACCGGGAGAAGGGCGGGUACCGCGUCAUCGCAGUGAACUUUCACCCCAGACCCUCCGUGACCCCCACACGACACACUGACACUCCCCCUGAACCCAGCCAGGCUCUGCUCUACAUCGGUUCUAAUGACAGCCCUGACUACCUGGGUCCCGCCCCCCUGGAGCUGAUAGCCAAUCAGAUUGUAGAUGCUGUCGGACCGAGUGGACGGAACACUGAAUACCUGUUUUCAUUGGCUGAGGCGCUGAGGACCCUCCUCCCUGAAGACUCAGACACACACCUCUUCUCUCUCGAAGACCUGGUUAGAAAGAGACUAGCACACACACUUACUACAUGUGUGUCAGUAAACCAUCGCAGGGAUGCUGUAGAUUGUCAGUCAUGUGAUUGUCUCCAGGACUGUUCAGAGCUGGGUUAGUUAGGACUGUUCAGAGCUGGGUUAGUUAGGACUGUUCAGAGCUGGGUUAGUUGGGACUGUUCAGAGCUGGGUUA